UUCCUGCAAAUUGAGCAGAGCAGAGUAGAACACUUCAAACUGCGGAGCAGCACAAUGCAUUGGCUUGAGCGAGGAGGCAUCAAGCAACAGAGAACGAAUUAAAACAAUACGUUUUUCAUUGAAGUUUACAACAAGAAAGAAGGAAUUGUAAAAUAACUUUGGGUGUUACCUUUGGAAAGUUGGAUAUCGCAUCAUAACGCACUAUUGGAGGGACUGACUGAGACUUGCACCACUGUGAGAAGAGAAUAGAGAGAAGACACCUUGGUUGAGUAGAGACUGUACUCGCCCGUUGGGAAGCACCCUAACAAGCAUUAAAGCUACACCCUAACUAGCCCCUAUAGCCUACAUUUCAAUAUCCAUCUAUCUGUGUUGAACUCUGGCUAUCUGCACUGUUAGACCACAACCAGUCCCAGUCCUAAACCCUAGUUGAGCCCUAUCCUAACUCCCAACUAGCCUCCAUGCUCUUCAACCAGUCCUAAACCCUAGUUGAGCCCUAUCCUAACUCCCAACUAGCCUCCAUGCUUUUCAACCAGUCCUAAACCCUAGUUGAGCCCUAUCCUAACUCCCAACUAGCCUCCAUGCUCUUCAACCAGUCCCAGUCCUAAACCCUAGUUGAGCCCUAUCCUAACUCCCAACUAGCCUCCAUGCUCUUCAACCAGUCCCAGUCCUAAACCCUAGUUGAGCCCUAUCCUAACUCCCAAUUAGCCUCUAUGCUUAUCAACCUCACCGUGUCCAUCAAGGAGUCCCGUGCCUUUCAUGGAACGCCACCCGCCAGCCCUCGCGGUGUUGCGCCCCUCAUCUUGGAAGUGACAGCCAUGGAUACCCUCCCUCUCCUUCCUGGCGCUAAACCUGUUCCCCUACCCCUCACCCCUGCUCAUACUCCUCCUCCUCCCCCGCCGCCUCCUCCUCCCCCACCUCCCUCCUCUCCUCUAACCCAUAUGGACUCGGCCCGUCACAGCCGGCUAAGGAAGCUGAACUGGGAGCAGAUCCCUAAGGAGAAGGUGGAGGGGAGGAAGAGUGUCUGGAGUGGAGCGGCUACGGAGGAGGAAGAGUUCCCUAUAGAUCUACACUCUCUGGAUGAGCUGUUUAGACAGAAGGACAGUAAACCUCAGGACAGACCCGGCAGUUUGAGAUGGAGGUCUGUGCUGAUGCGAUGCAGUUCACCCCAGGACAAAACCACGGAUAAGGUCUCACUACUGGACUCCAAACGCAGUAUGAAUGUUGGAAUAUUUCUACGUCAGUUUAAGACGGCUGUCCAGGAGAUAGUUGAGGAUAUCCGGCAGGGGGUCGGGACCCGCUACGGGCGCUGAGAAACUGUCUGAGCUCUGCAAACUGCUGCCUGACGCAGACGAGGAGGCUCGCCUGAAGAGGUUCAAGGCAGAACGCAGUGGGCUCGGGGAGUCUGACCUCUUCAUGAUUCUGCUAGUGGAAGUCCCCAGCUUUCGUCUGCGUCUGGACGCCAUGAUCCUGCAGGAGGAGUUUGACCCUGCCGUGACCUCUCUCUGUCUGGCAGCCAGAUGUCUGAGGGAGGCGGCCAGAGAGCUGUUGAGCUGUCCUGAGCUGCACUCUAUCCUCCGUCUGGUUCUGAAGGCAGGAAACUACAUGAACGCUGGUGGGUACGCAGGCAACGCAGCAGGGUUCCGAAUCCCAUCCCUGCUCAAGCUGGCUGACACUAAAGCCAACAAGCCAGGCAUGAACCUCCUGCACUUCGUGGCCAUGGAAGCGGUGAAAAAGGACCAGAGUUUACUGUCGUUUCCUGGCCAACUAGGACACGUCGGCCCCGCCUCCAGGUUGUGUGAGGAGUCGGUAGUAGAAGAUCUCUCCAGACUCCACAUGCGUGUGGCAUCCCUCAGGAUCAGUGUCCAGACGGAGGCAGAGAUCCAGCAGCUCACACGGUCUUUCCUGGAGGUGGCAGAGGACCGUCUGAAGGAAGCAGAGGAUGACGUGGAGGGGAUGAGGAUGUCCAGUCAGGCUCUGGUUGAAUUCUUCUGUGAGGAUGACAGCAUCUUUAAAUUGGAGGAGGCCUGCAGGGUCUUUCACUCCUUCUGCCUUCGCUUCCAAAGAGCCGUACAGGAAAACGCAGAGCGGGAACAGAAGGAGCAGAAGCGGAUGGAGCGAGAGCGUGAGAUGGUGGAGAAGCGUCGCUCCGUGGCCGUGUGUACAGGGCUGGACCUGGGUGUGGUUCUGGGUCGGGUGUCCCCACUGGGAACCCAGAAGAACCAGGAUGACCUGGAGAGAACCCUUGAGAACCUGAGCCACACCUGGAGCCAGCGCAGCCUUAGAACCCAGGAGAACCGCAGGCACUCCCACCACCUCCAGAACUUCAACUCUCAUCUCCUCCAAAACAACUCCUCAUCCUCCCCUCCUCCUCAAACCUCCUCCACCCACCUCCAGAACUACAACUCUCAUCUCCUCCAGAACACCACCUCCGCUCCUCUUCAGACAUAUCCCCACCUCAACAACUCCUCCAACCUCAGUAAUACCUCCAUCCACCCCCAGACCUCCCCAGGGCUUCCCUGCCCCACCUACCCCAGCCAGGAGAGGCCAUCCCUGGGGACAGAGACCAGGACAGAGCCCUUGGUCCAUCAGCACCAACCAGUCCUGGAGACUAAGAGACCAAAUCAUGAGGGGACAACUCAGACUCAAGUCUCACAAACUCAACAUGAACUGACUUCUAACGUCACUCAAACCCAGUGUGGACGUAGAUUCAAUGUCCCCCAAAACAGGCAGGACAUUAUUGCCUAUGUCACCCAAACGCAACAUGGAAUUGCUACUAACAUCAUUGAAAGCCGACUCGCACCAACGGCUCAAGUGACUGAACAUGAGCGGACAGUUGAUGCCAGCCCUGACCAGGAUGUACUGACCACUAAGUCUAUGGCCAGUCCUCAUAGACACUCCUCCACUACCACUACUGCCAUCCCCAGUGUGAGAAGAAAUACCAUUGGUCUUAGACACAGGCAUGACCUAGAGGGGACUGACCCUACCCCUGUUUCUCAGGAGAAACACACAGACUCCUCAGUCAGAGACGCAGCGCAUCAGGACCCUGACUUCGCUCCUCUCACACGGUCAACGGUCACUGAGGUGACUGAGCAGCCCUUUGAGAGCCAAUCAAAAUCAUCCAUGGCCACUGAUGCCUCAGACGGUGUCCAAUUGCAGGAGUCUAAGGGAGACAAGGAGACCACACAAGGAACUGGUGGUGCCUUGGCGCUGAGGCUUUCACCUGAGGGGGGAACAACCCAGCAGAGGGAAACAGAAUCUCGCUCUACACCAGUAGAACAGAAAUGGCUGCCUCCCAGCCUACCAGAGCUGAGCCCACAGCGGGCAUAUCAAUGCCCAGAGGUCUGCAGCCCUGACAGGGAGAGGGACCGGUCAUACCCACGUGUGGGCGAAACCCUGGAGUGCCACACCCUGGUCCGAGGCCUGCAUUCCUAUGACAACCUAUCCCCUCCUCCCACUCCAACCACACCUCUCCCCAAAGCCCCACCCAGCCUCUGCUCCAAGUGGAGGAAAGAGAGGCAGGCGGAGACUCCAGGGGCUGGUGCCGGACUUCCAAUGGGGAAAGAGGACUCUCGGAGCGGGGGGAACACCCCUGUUGUCCGAGGAGGGGCUAAGAGGGGCUUGGUACCCCGUGCACGUCUGCCUAACGAUACAGGCAUCCAUAGAGCCCGUUUAAUUUCCAAACCAGAGAUACAGACACCCACUGGCCCUGUCCCAAAUCCUAAUUUACAGACUACACCACGUUCCACUCGUCUGGCGUCCCCGUCCAUACGCAGCGCCUCCAUGCGCUCCUCACCCAUCACGCGUCCUACUACUACCCAGACAGAGGUGAAGCGAAGCAGUAGCACCAGGAGUGAGAGGAGCCAGGCUGGGGGUGCGAACCAGCAGCUGGCCCCAGGGAAACCCACCUUGACCCGCCGGGUAUCAGAGAGAGCUGGGCUGGGGCUUGGACCAGAGAGGGAGAGGACUUCUAGCACCAGCACCACUAGUAGUACAGCUACCACCCAGCCAGCCUUUGUCAGAGGCUCUCCUCUCAGGGUGACCAAACGUCUCGCCCCCACCUCCAACUCUGAGACCCAACACUCCUCUCAACCCCGCUCCACACACAGCCCCUGCUCUGCUACAGCUAAAACCAUCCGUACAGCUAUUAUAGCUGCGGCCAGGACUAAAACGGCCAAGACGAGCCCCGGCACAGAGGCCUCUAGAGCUGCUGUUUCUGCCUGUAAAACCCCCACAGCAACACGGAUACCUGGGCCUAAAAUGGACCGUCCUGUAUCCUCACCCAUGUGGAAGUGAUCAUGGCAGAUCAUACCACUUUUUCAACUUUAUACAGGAGUCUUACUUACACACGUACCUUGUGUGUAUUUGGGUCCAUUGUACAUGUAUGUGGGAAUCAGUAAAUGACUUGUAUCAGACCUCUCUGUUCUGGCGGAGUAGGUAGUUACUGGUCCAUUCAGACUCUAUUCAGCUUGUCCAGAAUUGAUGGGGCGUUUUCACUUAGGUCUCUCCCAUACACUUUCUUGUCUGCUGGGAAGAUAACAAAGGACUGCAACUCCAACAAAAUGGCUGCCACUACACCACUCUACAGCUGUUCUGUUUUGCAUAUGGGCUGUACUGUCACUGUAGAUAGAAAUGUUUUCUGUUCUACACACUACCUCCAUCCACUAGUGUCCUGUGCAGUCAACAGGGCACUUCAGGGAGAGACUACCCCCCAACCUGGACUUCGUCAAGCUCCUGAAAUGUGUGCCUCUGACCUUGUUCAUUUGUAGAAAAUCCUUAAUUUAGAAUUAUGUGGCACUGCGGCCUCCUCUGUGCCUUGGUCGUCCAACAGAUCAUUCUCAUCAACUUGUUUUUUUAGGGUGUAUGUUGAAAAUGGCAUUUUUUUUUUUCAAGGGGUUAAUUUAUUUAACUUUAGUUGUGUCCUAAAUGGCACCCUAUUCCCUAUACAUUGAGUAUACCAAAUAUCCUAAUAUUAAGUUGCACCACCUCCCUUUUACCCUCAGAACAGCCUCAAUUUGUCAGGGCAUAGUGCACUACUUUUGACAGGAGCCAAUAGCGCUCUGGUCAAAGGUAGUGCACCAUGUAGGGAAUAGGAAGCCAUUGGGGACCACCAUAUUUGAUCAGUCCAGCUCCUAUGUGCGACGUCAUUUCUGAGUCCUCAAUGAUUUGAGUGUGUAGUCUUAGAAGUGUAUUUGUAAAUGAAUAGGUGCAUGGACCAGACUCCUCAGACUGUGUGACCCUUCUUUCUCUUCCAUUGCUUUCUCACCUCGGGCUAUUUGUUUGCCCAAUCAGCAAUCAAUCAGUAUGAUAUUGAAUUGAUUAUUGGUAAUCGAUUGAUUUUGUUGGUUAUCCUAAUCUUGAAUGUGCUCUUCAUUUUGAUGCACUUUAACAAGUGAAGAGGUGACCUGUUGCUAGGAUACUCACUGUAAUAUUCUACUGCUGAUGUUUAUAUAAAAAAAGAGACUUAAAUUGAACGACAUGAAUUGUAAUCCAUGGCGACAAUGAGUGCAUUUGUAAAAUAAAAUAAAAAUGCUAAUCAC